AUGUCUCAUUUUUAUCCAGCAUAUGUGGAAGGUAAAACCGUGAAAGCUCAAAUCUGGGAUACCGCUGGUCAAGAACGGUACAGAGCAAUUACGUCGGCAUAUUAUCGCGGUGCUGUAGGAGCAUUGUUGGUAUAUGAUAUUGCUAAGCACGUGACUUACGAGAAUGUAGAACGCUGGUUGAAAGAACUGCGUGAUCAUGCCGAUCAGAACAUCGUAAUUAUCACGUCAGAUUUGAUUGUGACACUUGACGGUUACAUUAUGCCGCAACGCAACUAUAGUGAAUUGCUUUUUACCCACUUUCUUGGCAUACAAAAGAUUCCACGCUUAUCUCAAGUGUUUUUAGCGCUAGAAACAUCUGCCCUCGACAGCACGAACGUAGAGGCGGCUUUCACAAACAUCCUGACCGAAAUCUACAAGAGUGUCUCGAAUAAGCAUGUUGGCUCGGAUCGCAUGGUGCCGCUGCCAUCGUCAGGAGUCGACAUCACAUCAUCAACCAACGAAAAUCAGAAGAAACAGUGUUGUUCUUCGUCGUGA